CUUUAACGCGAAAAUGCACAUAUAAACUUAAAUUUUUUGUGACUAUCGGAAAUCAUCGUUGCACAGUCUGAUUGAAUUCAAUGGCCAAAAAAAGCGAAACACAAUCAAGAUAUAAACAAGAAAAAAUAUGCAGACAAUUAAAUGACAAAUAAAUGCUUUUGUUAGGCAGCAAAAACAAGUUAAGCGUAUGUGUAGCUAACUUUGACCACGUGUGGCUCAAACAUCGAUAGAUACACUACCGAUAACAAUUUAUUUUUACAUCCCACCUCACGCGAGUGCGAUUGGAUUUCAUUAUAAUUUGGAAUUGGGGAAUUGCGAAAAUUAAAUUGCAAUCAUGGCCGAAUUAGACGAUUUCUUUGCGAAAAAGGACAAGAAGAAGUCCAAGACCAAAAGCAAAUUUGUGACGGCCGACGAACUGGUGAAGAACUUGGAAGAAUGCACCAAACGUGAGGUGGCGGCCAACGCUGCCAAACCAAAAAAACCUGAUGUCGCGACGGCAGCAGCAACACUCACUGGCGGCGUGGCAGAAGGCGGCGAAAAUGAGACCACCAUCAAAGCACCGGAGCCCGUUAUUGAGCAGCCCGUGGAGGAGGAGUGGAAAGAGUUUGAACAGGAGCAGCGCAAGGAUUACAGCGGCCUCAAAAUCGGUCAGCUGACCAUCAAUGAGAAGCAACAUCAGCAGCAGCAGCAGCAGAACCAGCAGCAACAACAGCAUCAUCAUCAACACUCGGACGAUAUUUAUGACGAGGAUGAGGAGGAUAGCGAUGGUUUUGUCAAUGCCGAUCCAAAUGGCAAGCGGCAAGGUCAUGGUCCAUGGAAGAAAUUGAUACCCGCCGAGGAGGUGACUCAGAUACCGGUGCCGGUUGAGACUGAAAAGUCAUCGUCGUCGUCGUCGAAACCGUACAUUUCACCCGCGUUACGUUAUAGCCAAGCUGGCAGCGGCAUUGGUGGCAGCGGCGGUGGUGGUUUGCGUGCGCGUCGUGCCGCACCCGAUAUAACGAACACGGAGUUCUUCCCAACGCUGAACGCAGCCCGGCCGGAGGAACAGCGCAAGAAGAAAAACGAACCCGCCUUCGAAGAAGUCCGCCACGGCGGUCGCUUCCAGCGUGUCCAAGAGACAACGGCGGCGCCCGUCGCGGCCACCAAUCGAUUCCAGUCGCUCGACGAUGAGGCAGAUAGCUAGGCAAUGCCCCCCCCACACUGCCUCAUCCAAUUUGCCACCGACGAUGCCGACGCCACAAUACAAACAAACAGAAAACGGAAAGCGAAACGAAACAAAAGCAAGAUUGGAUCGUUUUCAUCUUACAGUUGCCACACACACUGCUAGUAGCGUUCCAGGGAGCGACGAUGGCUUGAAGCGCGUGCCGAGACCUGGACGCAAAAUUUGAGCUAAAAACAAUAACAUUUCUAUUAUUGAUUUUUUUAUCUCUAUAUAUAUCUAUAUAUAUACGCAUAAUGUAAACAAUUUUCUAGGCUUUUCGAGCUAGCUUUCAAACCAGCCAACCAAUCAACCCCCGCAAGAAAACCGAAAUCAUAUUUUGUUCAUUUUCGUUUUGCAAAUUUUUUUUAUGGAAUUUUAUGGAUUCAAUGUAAUCGAGUAUGAAUAAUAGCCAUGCGUUGAAAUCCGUUUAUAAAUGUUA